UCCCCCUCCUCUACUUCCUCAUUCUCAGGACUCGGUUCUGACAGCCUCCUCCAUCAUCGCCCUGUGUCCGAUCUCCGCCGCCUCUUCGCUCCGAUCACCAUGUCCAAGCCGCCGCCCAAGCCAGUGAAGCCAGGGCAAGUCAAGGUGUUCCGGGCUAUGUACACGUUUGAACCAAGAACGCCUGAUGAACUGUAUUUCGAAGAAGGGGAUAUUCUUUACAUUUCAGAUAUGAGUGAUACAAAUUGGUGGAAAGGUACUUGUAAAGGAAAAACAGGACUCGUACCAAGCAAUUAUGUUGCUGAACAAGCAGAGUCAAUUGAUAAUCCACUGCAUGAAGCUUCUAAACGGGGUAACCUGAGUUGGUUGAGAGAGUGCCUGGAAAACAGAGUUGGUGUUAAUGGGUUGGAUAAAGCUGGAAGCACUGCUCUAUACUGGGCAUGCCAUGGAGGACAUAAAGAUGUGGUGGAAGCUUUACUUGCACAAUCAAAUAUUGAGCUAAACCAGCAGAAUAAGCUUGGAGACACUGCUCUGCAUGCUGCUGCAUGGAAGGGAUACGCUGAUAUCGUAGAGCUGCUGCUCUUGAAAGGAGCAAGAACAGAUUUAAGGAAUAAUGAGAAAAAGCUGGCUAUGGAUAUGGCGACGAAUGCUCAGUGUGCUUCCCUUCUUAAAAAGAGACAGGCACAAGGAGUCGUACGAACGUCCAGUAAUGCAGAAGAUUAUCUUGACGAUGAAGAUUCUGAUUAGUUUUCGGCUGUAAAAAAUAAAUACAACAAGUUUAGCUGCAAAUGUGUCAUUCCAGUAUGCCCCUCCAUUUAAACAGGACCUAAACUAUGCAACAUCGACUGGAUAUGUUUUAUUACUGUACCUACCAUUUUUUUGUUUAUUACAUUAAAAACAAUAGCACAUUGUUUUUUGUAUACUGUGCACUUAACUUUUGUUACUACGCCCUUUUGUGUUUUUUUUGUUUUUGUUUUGUUUUUUUACUUCUGGUUAUACAUACUGCGUCUGAUUAAUUUUUUUUUUCUUCUUCUUCUUUAAAAUUUCCAUGUACUUUUUUUUAAAAUGACUAAAAGUAAAGGCUAACGUUUAAUUAAAAUGUUUCUACUUGUUAGACAAUCAAAUUGGUAAUAUUUAAUUUUCGUUUUGCAUAUGUAAUAAAUGUUUCUUAAAAUC